UAGAAAAUAUUUCAUGAUUUGCAAAUAUAGAUUACCUGAUCAGACUUUUCACAAGAUCUAUAGAACUGACUAAUUAUUUCCAUAUGAAGAUACUCUAAAAUUACUUCGUCGGCCAUUUUGAUUAUUUUAAAGCUCGCAGUAAGUCGUACAGUAUGCUGUCGCAGAGAAUCAUGUGUUUUAUUUCUUUAUUAACAUAUCUUCAGAGCAUUUUUUUCAAUACACACCAAAAUAUUGUUCAUGGAUGUGAUGGAAAUUUCACACAUGGAAUAAUUUGUAUAAUAGUUUGCAAGUAUAGUUACAAUUUUUGUACGGAUUAUCCACGAACAGAAAAGGGGAGAAAAAAUGGAGGAGGUGCGUGGUGUCUCCGCUCUUCAAAAUGAGAUUGAAAAAGCAAAGGAAAAGAUGAAAGAUGUUGAUGAAAAUAUCAAGAAAUUAACAGGAAGAGACCCUACAGAAAAAAGACAGUUUGCUACUCGAAGACGUGUUAUAUCUGUAUCGGGUGAACUUAGGGGUAAAGAGCGAAUUUUUGGCCAAGCCAGGAAAGAAAUUGAACCUUAUGUUCCGCCGGUCAAGCGAAGAGUAGUUGGAACAGCCUUUUCAAGACUGGGACCUCGUUUGACUGGGCGAGACAUAGUGAAGGCGGACAGUGGCGAUGAAGAGGACAUUCCAAAUAAGCCAGCUGUUCAGUCUUCCGUAGGCCAUGUAAGUAUCUCUAAGACACCCAGAUCACGGAGAGAGAGCAUUGAUGUGCAGAGCACCGACAAAAAGGGUAGUGCAAGAAACAAGAGAAUGUUUGGACUUCUUCUGGGGACAUUACAGAAGUUCAAAACUGAGGCCAAGGAGACUGAAGACAGGGAAACUCAAAGAAAAGAAAUAGAAAAGAAAUUAGAUGAGAAGUUUAAACAAGAAAAAGAAGAAAUAAUCAAAGAAAGGAGACAACUUUUUGAAGAGAGAAAACAUCAGCAAGCUAAAAUUCAACGCCUUGAGCAGAAAAUGGAACUUGUUGCAAUGCAUGAAGAUUCUGAGAAGGAGGUCAAAAAGCUGGUCAACUUUCUACGCACCAAAGCUAAACCACACAUUUACUACAUGCCCAGAAUUAUGAAUGAAACCCUGUCAGCAAAAUUGGAAAAUUCCAAGACAGCAGUUGAAGAAAUGAUUAAAGAAAGAAAGAAGAGGCUGGAAGAGGAAAUCGAGAGGUUGAUGGCAGAAGACCUUCCAGAUGAAAACCAGAGUGACGAAGAAGAGACAAAGGAGAAAACGGAGAAAGAGAACAUGGAGAAUCCCAAGCAGAGGAAUCAGUCAGGUCUCAGGGAUAGGGGAAAUGAUAGGCAACCCCGACGAGGGUCAGAGUCAUCAAAAAGGGAAUCCCCUAGGAAGGGCUGGGAUAAUAACGAGGGUAGAAGGAAAAGUCAUGAGGGAGAGUCUCAUAGAAGAGACUCGUAUGAGGGGGAAAGAAAGCGACGAAAGUCGUCUGCGGAGAGGCAUGAGAGUAAGUAUAGGAGAAAGAGUGACGGGGAAGGGGGUCGUGAUAGACAUAGUAAAAGGGACAGUCAUAGGUCAAAGAGGGACGAUAUGCCCAGAGAAGUGAAGAUCAAUUACGAUGACCCUGAAAUUGAGGAAACCGAGGAGGUCAUCAACAAAGGUGAGUCAGAGGUCAAAUUUCCAGAGGUGAAGGUCACUGAUUUAGCAGACAUCCAGCUGCCAGAGACAAGAACCGAAUCGGAUGAAAGGAAACUAAUAAUGCCAGAAGAUGCAGAGGAUGGAGAGGAAGGGCCUUCAAUGGAUGCCGUGGAUGAAUGAUGUGGGAAAGUGUAUUUCAUGUAUUGAAAUUUUAAUUUAAAAAAUCAUGGAAAAUUUUAAAAGGUAAGUAUUGAUAGUGCAUGGGAUUUGUGUGGAUGUGGUGUACGCGCGAGUGAGAAAAAGUUCACAUUUUGACAUUCAAUACCAGUGAUCCAAGGAGGAUGGACUGUUGUGGGAAGAGAGACUCAUCAAAUAAAAGGAUCUGGAGUUAGAUUUCCAGAAUAUUCUUGUGUAACCAAAAUAACCAUGGACCAAAGUACUAAUAACAUACGACUGUGAAUGUACUUUGAAAUAGAAUUUUGUAAUUAAUGACGUCUCGCUGAACAAUGGAUAUGUUACAGAUGUAGCAGAAAUUCCAUUUAAUAUUGUGUUCUCCAAAUCAGUUUUAUUUAACCUAUCAAAUACAGUGUAAUUGUUUACAUGUUUAGAUUUUUCUUGUAAUUGUUACGUGUAAUUUGUGUCAAUAAAAAAAGCUUGUAUUUCUUGAAA